AUGUCUCCUACCGAGUCACCGUCUUUGAAUUCAGGAAAUCAUGAUGCCACGCCUGUGGUCAAUAGUGGCAGCCUGGAGGGAUUUAUCAGGUACAUCGGUGUACUGGCGUCCAGCUCUGAAUCUCAAUUUGCAUCCGCCGUACUUGGCGAGAUCACCCAGCAGCGUGAAAAGAUUCAGUAUCAGGAUGUAGAGUUGAAGAGACUUCAAAAGGAGAUCCAUGAUAUCAAGGAGAGAAAAAGAAUUACUAUCGAAGAUAUGUAUGCUGUCAACGAGAACGAAAAGGCAAAACAGAGAGACUCCGCUACGCAUAUCGAAAACCUCCGUGCUACUGUCGAUGAAAAGGAAAACAAGAUCGCCGAAUACUCUCAAACUCUGAGAGCUACUCAGGAAGAAAUAGCGAAGCUAGAAUCGACUUGCUCGCAGGAGCUCGCUAAAGUCUCACAGUCCGCCAAAGAUAUCGGUACACUGCAAACCAAUUUGAAAGACAAAGACAGGAUGAUCGACCAAAUGAAGACAGCUGGAUCGAAAUUAAAAUCAAUAUUAUCGUCGGAGCAGAAGAAGAAAGAAGAGCUGGAAGCUGCUAAUGCCUCAAUGAACAGAGAGCUACAGGCAGUCAAAGCAAAUAUCCAAAGAUUGGAAUCCUUCGCUGCCCAAUCCUCGGAUAUUGAGGAAGACUCCGUGUAA